AUGGGAACGUAAACGUGAAGCAGCUCACAUCGAGGAAUGAACACAAGUGUGCUGCCGGCUCUCCUUCCACUGCUGCACCCGUCAGUGUUGAUUGUAGAGUUUGUUGGAUUUAUUAGUUUGUCAGGAAGAAAGUGACUUCACUUCCACAACCGGUAGAAGAGAAAGAAGCUCAUCUUUCAGCGGAAACGGAGCAAGUAAGAAGCAGGGAGAAGGGCUUCGUGCUGUGUGGGCAGCGGCUGCCGUCAACAGAUUUGGACGGUCCUCCACAUCCCUGAUGUAAAGCAGUCCCAGGUCAAAGGUCAAAGACCCCCGUUCUCCCAGCUACAUUUGAACCCAAGAGCCAUUAAACAGGUACAUAUGGGGGAGGUUUCAGCUCGAGGCUCAGCCAUGGAGGGGGACUGCCUCAGCUGUAUGAAGUACCUCAUGUUCAUCUUCAACUUCUUCAUCUUUCUGGGUGGCUCCUUCCUGCUGGGUGUCGGCGUUUGGGUGCUGGUGGACCCGAUGGGCUUCAGGGACAUCGUGGCGGCCAACCCGCUCCUGUUCACCGGCGUCUACGUCAUCCUGGCCAUGGGCAGCAUGCUGUUCCUGCUGGGCUUCCUGGGCUGCUGCGGAGCCAUCCGGGAGAACAAGUGUCUCCUGCUCUUUUUCUUCAUGCUCAUCCUCUUCAUCUUCCUGGCCGAGCUGGCAGCUGCCAUCCUGGCGUUCCUCUUCAGGGAACAUUUAACCAGAGAGUAUUUCAGCCGGGAGCUGAAGCGUCACUACCAAGGACACAACAACACCGACGUCUUCACAUCCACAUGGAACGCCAUCAUGACCACGUUCGACUGCUGUGGCGUAAGUGGCCCCGAGGACUUUGAGGAGAGCCUCUUCAGGCUCCUCAGCCCCAGUAAGAUGGUCCCCGAGGCCUGUUGCCAGAGGAACAGUUACCCCGGAGACGUCAGUGUGGAGCAGUGUGUGAGCGGCAGCAUGGUCUUCAGACACAACAAGGGCUGUUACUCUGCGGUGGUGGACUACUUUGAGACGUACAUUUACACAGCAGGAGCUCUGGCCAUCGUGGUGCUGACAAUUGAACUCUUCGCCAUGGUGUUUGCCAUGUGUUUGUUCAGAGGCAUCCAGUAACCGCUGCGUCCACACGCAUCAUCACCAGCCGUCGGAAAGGCACAAGCAGAAGGAAAACAAAAACUGUAAAAUAUGGAAUGUAUUUUGUACAGUGAUAGUUUACGUGUCUCAUUGGUUUUGUGACAUCAUUUUGUACUUCGCAGCAGCAACAGCGGGGCGUUUGAGGUACUGCUGUAGUCACACAGGAAGUAAUCCACCACCUGAGGAUGAGGUUUUUCUCAAAAGUAAAGGAUUAACACUGGUGCUAAGUCAAGUUCUUCAAGCUAAACACUGAGGGCAGACUGGUUUAUAGAUGGCCACUUCAGUCCCGGACCAAUCUGUGUCCUGGAAACUGGUCCCAAAGCUGGAAACACACAUGAUCUAUUGCCCGAUUGAUUGAUUUUUCAGGAUCUUGGAGGGUCUGCACAACACAGUUCAGGUACAACAAGCACAUGUGAGCUUCAGAAUAGUCAAAGCUGUCAGGAUUACAACAGAAAUGUGAAUCAGCAGUGGACAUGAGAUGCAUAAUGGGGCCUCACGCAAGAACAUUUUUUGUACUCCCAUCAUAAACCUUCUCUUUUUACCGUGAGGUUUGCUUAAAGUGAUGGUUCGGAGUAAUUCACCCUAGGGUCCUUUGCACCGUGACCUCG